UCUACAAAAGCAAGAACAGAAAUUAGAGGCUUUCUUAAUGUGCAUGUAACCAACUGGAACACAACAUGAUUUGGCUUUAAGUGUUGUUUCCACCGAUGUUAAAACUAUCACUGUAUCUAAUUUGAAGAUACACAACUGGGGGCCAUAGCAGACUGAGAUUGCACACUCUUCUGGGGGAACUAAUUGGCCGUAUUACUGCUACAAGUUGAAGUACUAACUGAUUUGUCACCACUGACUGGAGGAAACAAACAGGUGAGAUAUGAUGAACGCUCUGGGUCUUGGUUUUCUUUGUUUGCUCCUCUGGCCUGAGCCUGCGGAGGCUCAGUUUCCUCGAGUGUGCUGCACAGUUGAGGGAAUCGUGUCCAAGAAGUGCUGCCCCGCUCUGGGCUCAGAUGCAGCCAAUGUGUGCGGCUCUCUGUCGGGGAGAGGAAGCUGCUCGGCUGUUCGAGUCGACAACAAACCAUGGGGAGGACCAUACAGACUGAGAAAUGUUGAUGACCGAGAGAGGUGGCCGACCAAAUUCUUCAAUCAAACUUGCAGAUGUACUGGUAACUUUGCAGGGUAUGACUGUGGUCAGUGUAAAUUUGGCUGGACCGGACCAAACUGUGACCAGAGGAAAGCCCCUGUGGUACGGAAGAACAUCCACUCCCUGACCCCAGAAGAGCUCCAGGAGUUUCUCGAUGUUCUGGACCUUUCUAAGACCACCACCCACCCAGACUAUGUCAUUGCCACCCAGCACUGGUUGGGACUCCUGGGACCAAAUGGAACCGAGCCCCAGUUUGCCAGCAUCUCCAUCUACGACUUCUUUGUCUGGCAACAUUAUUACUCUGUCCGAGACACUCUUCUGGGUCCCGGUCGGCCGUUCAAAGCCAUUGAUUUCUCACACAAAGGACCAGCAUUCAUCACCUGGCACAGGUAUCACCUCCUCAGCUUGGAAAGAGAGUUACAACGAUUGACCAGCAAUGAGAACUUUGCGAUCCCUUACUGGAACUUUGCCACGGGGCAAAAUGAGUGUGAUGUGUGUACCGACUCUCUGCUGGGAGGCCGAAACCCAAACAACCCAUCCCUCGUCAGUAACCAGUCCAGAUUCUCCAGAUGGGGGGUGGUAUGUGACAGUUUGGAUGAGUACAAUCGCCUGGUGACUCUUUGUAAUGGCACACGUGAGGGUUCCAUUCAGAGAGGGAUAAUGGAGAGAGGCAACAUGUCUCUGCCCACCAUGACCGACGUCAGAAGCUGUCUGGGAAUUAAAGACUUUGACAGCCCUCCGUACUUCACCAACUCCUCCUUUAGUUUUAGAAAUGCUCUUGAAGGGUACGAAAAACCAGAUGGAGAACUGGAUGAAGCGGUCAAUAACCUUCACAACCUCGUCCACUCCAUGGUCAAUGGAACCAGCGCUUUGUCUCACUCUGCAGCCAACGAUCCCAUCUUUCUGGUGCUCCACGCGUUCACUGAUGCCAUUUUUGACGAGUGGAUGAGAAGGUUCGUUCCAUCCAAUGCCACCUUCCCAGAUGAGAUGGCCCCCAUUGGUCACAACAGGGACUACAACAUGGUUCCCUUCUUCCCUCCGAUCACCAACGAGGAGAUCUAUGUUACAUCUGAGCAGCUGGGAUAUUCCUAUGCCAUUUCCAUAGAUGAUGCAGAUGGAGGGCCGGCUGUGUUUGUGCUGGGCUCCACUCUGGGGGGAGUCUUCAUCGGUCUCCUGGUGCUUCUCCUUAUCUUUGUGCUCUACCUGCGUCAACGGAGAAAUAGAGGCUUUGAACCUCUGAUAAAAGCAGACUUCACAAAUAGAAAUUACACAGAGGAAGCCUAGAUUUCGCCUGUUGUUCUGAAACACACUUCAAUACUUCAAUACCUUAGAGAAAUGGAGCAGCCAAUCACCAAUGUUCUGUAUGCCCUACUGUGAUGCAAGAGGAAAAUAUUAAUCCUGUAUAUGAACUACACUUGAACUUUUUAGAUUAAAUCCAAUUUCAUAUAAGAACAAUUAUGUGAAUCAUGUAAUAUUGAUUGGAAAUAGUAAUAGAAACUUCCCAAUACCAAUCAAAUUGAAUGUAUAAUUUCAUUAAUUUUGUGAGCUUACAAAAGCAUGAUCCCAUUUCCAUUUUUAUGAACAUUUUACAGUUCCUUUGUAACAGCCACUUCAAAGAAAUCUAUUGGAAUGUUUUAAAUAAAUAUUUAUUCUCAUGAACAGUAACAAAACACAAAUGCAAUCAUAUUAAUUGCACUGGAAAACAAUAAGGCAUAUUUGCUUAACUAGUUAUUCACCCCUCUUAGUUUGAAAUUCCAAACACACUUCACCUCAUUAGGAUUUUACUUCAUACAGAAAUGCAUUGAUUGUAAAAAAAAAAAAAGACUCAUAGCAUUUCAUGCUAAUUCUAUUUUAUCAGAUAAUUUGUCUGACAGACAUCCAUUUUUUUUAUAUUUUAUUGCAAAAAUAUUACCAUUAAAAGUUCAAUGAUACAAAACAUAAAAA